AGCUCGGGCGGCGGGAGGAGCGGCAGCGGCAAGGCAGCCCAGUUUCGCGAAGGCUCUCGGCGCGCCGCGGCCCGCAGGCACCCGGCACGCGCCUUCCCCGCCGCCAGGAUGCCCAAGAGGAAGGUCAGCUCCGCCGAAGGCGCCGCCAAGGAAGAGUCCAAGAGGAGAUCGGCGCGGUUGUCAGCUAAACCUCCUGCGAAAGUGGAAGCGAAGCCGAAAAAGGCAGCAGCGAAGGAUGAAUCUUCAGACAAAAAAGUGCAAACAAAAGGGAAAAGGGGAGCAAAGGGAAAACAGGCCGAAGUGGCUAACCAAGAAACUAAAGAAGAUUUACCUGCAGAAAACGGGGAAACGAAAACUGAGGAGAGUCCGGCCUCUGAUGAAGCAGGAGAGAAAGAAGCCAAGUCUGAUUAAUAACCAUAUACCAUGUCUCAUCAGUGGUCCCUGUUUCCCUUCUUGUACAAUCCAGAGGAAAAUUUUUAUCAACUAUUUUGUAAAUGCAAGUUUUUUAGUAGCUCUAGA